UACCCUUGACAGGGGUAUAUGUUGUAUAUGUAUAUCCUAGAUGUGAAAAUAUGCGGAAUUCCAUCAUGAAAAGGCUAGACAUAAAUCUAUAUACUAAAUACGAACUAGGUCCCAGUUCGAUAGAAAUAAUGAAUCAUAAAAAAAAAUAGAGUUUAGAGUUCGGGUUCGAUUUCUGUAGAUAAUAUAGAAAGUAUUGUCUAGAAUGAUAGGCAAAUAAAAGACUUUCUCAGGAUUUUUGGUCAUCCAUUUAUUUGAUAUUUUGAAAAUAGGUGGGUUGAAUUUGAUUCGUUUGGAUGGUACCAACAAAAUGGAUUGCUAACUCCUAUUUCUUAUUUAAUUAAUCGAUCAACUUGCUAUCGGACAUUUUUUUUUUUUGGAUUCGAUAAUUUUCAUUUUCGCAAAAAAUUUCGACAUAUUUUAACUAUAAUAUUAUGACAAUCAAUCCUACUACUUCUGGUUCUGGGGUUUCCACGCUUGAAAAAAAAAACCUGGGGCGUAUCGCUCAAAUUAUUGGUCCGGUCCUGGACGUAGCUUUUCCUCCAGGCAAGAUGCCCAAUAUUUACAAUGCUCUAGUAGUUAAGGGUCGAGAUACUAGUGGUCAACCAAUUAAUGUGACUUGUGAGGUACAACAGUUAUUAGGAAAUAAUCGAGUUAGGGCUGUAGCUAUGAGUGCUACAGAUGGUCUAACACGAGGAAUGGAAGUUAUUGACACAGGAGCUCCUUUAAGCGUUCCAGUCGGCGGCACGACUCUCAGACGAAUUUUUAACGUGCUUGGGGAACCUGUUGAUAAUUUAGGUCCCAUAGACACCAGCACAACAUCUCCUAUUCAUAGAUCUGCGCCCGCCUUUACACAGUUAGAUACAAAAUUGUCUAUUUUUGAAACCGGAAUUAAAGUGGUAGAUCUUUUAGCUCCUUAUCGCCGUGGAGGAAAAAUAGGACUGUUUGGGGGAGCAGGAGUGGGUAAAACAGUACUCAUUAUGGAAUUGAUCAACAACAUUGCAAAAGCUCAUGGGGGCGUAUCCGUAUUUGGCGGAGUAGGUGAACGUACUCGUGAAGGAAAUGAUCUUUACAUGGAAAUGAAAGAAUCCGGAGUUAUCAAUGAACAAAAUAUUGCAGAGUCAAAAGUGGCUUUAGUCUAUGGUCAAAUGAAUGAACCGCCGGGGGCACGUAUGAGAGUUGGGUUAACUGCCCUAACUAUGGCGGAAUAUUUCCGAGAUGUUAAUGAGCAAGACGUACUUUUAUUUAUCGACAAUAUCUUCCGUUUCGUCCAAGCAGGAUCUGAAGUAUCCGCCUUAUUGGGUAGAAUGCCUUCCGCUGUGGGCUAUCAACCUACUCUUAGUACCGAAAUGGGCUCGUUACAGGAAAGAAUUACUUCUACAAAAGAAGGGUCCAUAACUUCGAUUCAAGAAGUUUAUGUACCUGCAGACGAUUUGACCGACCCCGCUCCUGCCACGACAUUUGCACAUUUAGAUGCUACUACCGUACUAUCAAGAGGAUUGGCGGCCAAAGGGAUCUAUCCAGCGGUGGAUCCGUUAGAUUCAACGUCAACUAUGCUCCAACCUAGGAUCGUUGGCGAGGAACAUUAUGAAACUGCGCAAAGAGUUAAGAAAACCUUACAACGUUACAAAGAACUUCAAGAUAUUAUCGCUAUCCUUGGAUUGGACGAAUUAUCUGAAGAAGAUCGUUUAACUGUAGCAAGAGCACGAAAAAUUGAGCGUUUCUUAUCACAACCCUUUUUCGUAGCAGAAGUAUUUACAGGCUCUCCAGGAAAAUAUGUUGGCCUAGCAGAAACAAUUAGAGGAUUUCAAUUAAUUCUUUCCGGAGAAUUAGAUGGUCUUCCCGAACAAGCCUUUUAUUUGGUAGGUAACAUCGAUGAAGCUACCACGAAAGCUAUAAACUUAGAAAUGGAGAGCAAAUUAAAGAAAUGACCUUAAAUCUUUGUGUACUGACUCCUAAUCGAAGUGUUUGGAAUUCACAAGUAAAAGCAAUCAUUUUAUCUACUAAUAGUGGCCAAAUCGGCGUAUUAAAAGACCAUGCCGCUACUGCGACAGCCGUAGAUAUAGGUGUUUUA